AUGCCACCUCCAUCCUCAUCUGCUCCUCUCUCGGCUAUUCAAGCACCUGCCAGCAAAAAGCGGCCCAAUCCUGCUCCAUACGCAGGACCACAAGCCAAACGAGGUCGAGGAUCGAGCGCUACAAGAGGCCGAAGUGUCACCCCCAUAUUUCCUCUCGAUCCCAAUCUCCAGGACGGAAAGACUCCAGAACCCUCUUCAUCUAGCCAAGACACAACCAGAGUCACGUAUUCCCGAUGGACAGACAAUGUCAACCAGGACGGAGAGACCGCAGACGAUAUCCUGAUCGAAUACUUGACCGAAGGUACAAACUACUCUCAAUUCAAAGCAAGUAACAAGAGCGGGAGACAUCAGCAUGCACAGAGGAUCACGGAGUUGAUGCACGAAAGGAAUAUUGCGGGAUUUGACAGAAGCUUGACGUCGAUUUGCACAAAGAUCACCAACGUCGUCAAGGCAUGGAACGCAGCAGAUAAGGAAUGGAACAAGACAGGGAAUGGCUCUACGAACGAAGAUUUACUACAGGAUCCCGAUGAGGAAGGAUUGACCGAGGCUGAGAAGGAUAAGAGGUUCAAGGCUCGUAACGCCCGAGCGGCGUUUGUCACUAAAUUUGCCAAAGAGAAUCCUUAUUACGAAACCCUUAAACCUCUCCUCUCCUGCCUUUCGGUAUGCUCGCCAGCUCUACUCCUCGACUCUAGUCAGAAAGACAAACGAUCUAUCACCAACCAGAUGGGACUCGACGAACAGGAAGAAGACGUCAACGAGAACGAUUUACGAACACCCCGCACCCGUCGCACUGCAGAUUGGCAGAUGACCACGUCCAUGUCCGGCAAUUACGAGGAUGAUCCCGAGGCCGAUCCUGAGUACCAAUAUACGAUGUCGAAGGCGGCAGAAGAGGACGACGAAUGGACCGAUGAUGAAGGAUUAGGUCCGAGAAGAACUGCGAACAUCACCGACUCCCCUUCUGGCUCAUCCUCGACUACCUUCCGCACAAGGAUCUCCGACCUCUCUCAGAAAAUGACCGCAGCCGCUCCUCGCGAUACGGAUUUGAAGGAAGCGGCGCAACGGAAGUCGAGGAAGAAAGGAAAUGGCGGAGGUGCGAGCGACUUGUUUAACCCUCUGAGCGAUGCACUCGAAGCGACGAACAAGUUGGAGGAAAGGAUGUGGCGGGAGCGGGUUGAGGAGAAGAGGGAGGAACGUCAGCUGGCUGAACAGGAAGCCAAAGCGAGAUUGGAGCUAGAGGAACGACGCCUACAACUCGAGGAGCAGAAGCUUGAAUCGGAUAAGGCGGAGCGGGCUGAAGAGAGACGUAUGAAAGACAGAGACUCGGAGGCAGCGCUUCUCACCGCCAGGACUGCUGCCUUCAAUACCUAUCGCUCAGCCGGAUUCAGCAACAAGCAAGCGUUGAGGAUGGCCGGAUUGCCAGACGUGCCCGAAUAG